AUGGCUUGUCAGUUUGUUUACGGUGAAAUAUUGUACUGUGCUCCAACUCGUUUGCCCCGGUCGAUCACGAUGGGGCUUGAGGGGAUAAUGAGGCCCAUUGUCAGGCGCGCGGGGCGACCGGUGCGAGUGGGCCAGAAAUUGUUGUCACGUACUCGCUCACCGCUUCCCCGUUGCCCAGCAAGCCAAGCUUCCCCUCCGUGCGGAGUCCCAGCUUGCCCGGCCCUGACAAGGACCCGCUUCCUCCGCCGUUGGACCGGUGCACGUGAUUUUGGUCACCUGACGUUAUCUCCACUCUCAACCUCGAGCCGUCUUGCGAUGGCUUCCCAUAUCAAUCUCGAUACGUCAACUAUCCGCAUCGACUUUCCACCGUGCUCCAUUUCGACGGGGGCAGCAGAAGACGGGGCAAGCUUGCCACAACUGCCACUUGCGCAAAGUCAAGUGCGAUCUGGUAGUUUGCGGCCAACCCCCUUGCACGAGAUGCUCAGAGCUGAACGUGCUAUGUCGUCGAUUCGCGAGGAAGCAGCGAAAGGGACCGAAUCGGAAGGGUCGGGGUCUGACCAAGCCCAGGACAAUGCAGUAGGCGCCUAUCCAAAGGCUUUCGACUCCCUCGGAGAGGGAGACGAUCCCAGACAUCUCGUCGUGACUGGCUUGGGGGACUUCAUGAAACAAAGUUCAAUUCUCGUCGACUUUCUAUCCCAGGACUUCUCCCGUCAAAGCAUCAACGGCUAUCAGGUGACCUUCAAUGACAACUACAGCAGCAUCGCUCGUAUACUUGGCGACGAAUUUGGUCGGGGUUUUGAAGCAGGAAUUUACCAUCAUCGUGAUGCACCCUUCGUCGAGACAUCUCAAGGAGGCUUACCAAGGACUUUGACAGCUGCAGAGAGAGGUGUGCUCGAGCUUCAGGGUGCCUUCGUUCUCCCGAGCCAGACGAUUUCUGACAGUUUUGUGACCGCGUUCUUUGAUCGUGUCUAUCCCGCGCUUCCAAUUGUCAACCGCUCGGAGUUCAUGAGGCGCUAUUAUACCAUGGGAUCCAAAAACACGAGCGUAUCCCUGCUGUUACUGCACAGCAUCCUGCUUGCGGGUUCGACUACCUACCAGCACCCUGAUCUUGAGCUUCCAGCUUCGGAGAUUUCCAGGAGGCUAUACGUUAGAGCAAAAGCCCUAGUGGAGAAUCGCUUUGAGCAAGACCGCCUUAUCCUUGUCCAGACUCACCUGCUCUUUAGUACCUUCGCGUCGGAUAGCUGCGACGAUACUGUGCAGAACAUGUGGUUGUCUAUAGGGCCUGGGGAUGCAUCGAUCGCUGGGGAAUGCCAAUGCCGGGCCGCCAAUGCGGCGGGCCUGGAAGCGUAUCUGGUGGACACUGUUCAUACACGACGUAAGUUAAAGGAGCCCAUCAUCUUAUCCGAACACGAGACUCUAGCUACGCGAAUAGACUUUGUGCUCCUUCGAGUAAGUGCCAAGGGCCCCCCAGUGAGCCAAAGCAUACUAAACAAUGCCCACGACAGAUGGGGUCGACCACGAGACAGUGACUUUGACCUUGAGGAUACGGGCGCGCUUCCCAAUUCAGAGGCAACUCAGUUCCUCAGAUCAGUUUGCGAUCUCUGCUUUAUUAUUGGAGAUUGGCUGAAUCUGCUCCGACCUGGAAGCCCGUGGAACAAGUCCCGAGCCAGAGACGAAGCUCAACGGGAGCGAGAGUCUGGAACACGCAAAUUCGUCGAUAGGCUUACAACGUGGCAUCAAGGCAUACCAGCAAGCCUCCAACCUCCACCUGCACUCAGAAACUUCAGUCUCUGGGCUGCAACGCUUCACAUCGCCUAUUGCGCGACAAUGCUCCGUUUCGCAGCCUUAUUAUCCGAUGGGAUGGAGACGGUGCAUGUCAUGGCCAGCCAAAUUACAGAGACAUGCGAAGAUCUCAAUUCUCAUGGACUGCUCUACUCACUUUGGAAUUUCGGAAUCCACGAGCUUGAUCUCGCCAUGGGCCAACACGCCCGCCAGGUCAAUAGCAAGAACAACGACACAGCGACUUUGGCCCUUACGAAGCUCCAGAGGGGACUGCCACUAAUGAACUUGCUAUCGGAACGAAGUUCUGUGGCUGCCCAAGGUUCUGCCUUCUACGAAAAGCUCGUGGGACGCGCUGUAGGCUGGCUGUUGGCCGAAAGUGACGGUCAACGUGGCGGCGAUCAGUGUCCACAUGAAUCGUCGGACGAGCCGGGUCGAGAGCAGCCCGUACAAUCUCAAGUAACACCGCUGGUACCUGACUGGAUAUACGACCUCGACCUACCCGAUUUUGCGUUUUCGGAUUGGGUACCGCAGACUAAUCAUCCCUGGGGUUGGGACAUUGUUGAAUGA